AUGGCUGAAAAAAGUGAACUUCCAGAUUUAACCACGGCAAAAAAGAAGGACAAUGCUACUGUUGACCCAGAAAAUAAUAAUGAAAACAAUAGUGAACAAGAAGAAGAAGAAAUUGUUCCACAAACAGACGAAAAUAAUGAAAAUGACGAUAUAGCAAUGCAUGAUUAUGACAAUGAAUAUUGGUAUGAUGUUGAUGAUGAUGAUGACGAAAAUAACAAAAACAUUGACAUUAAUAACAAUAAUAAUAAUUCUAAUGUUUACAAUAUGGAUAUUAGCGGUAGCGAUAGUGAUGUUGAAGGGGAAAUGUAUCGAGAUUUAUUACAACAAAUUAUUGAGGCAAAACGUAUAUCCAAUGCCAAGUGUAAACAAAAUGCGUUUGUACCAAGCACCAAAAAAUAUCUUAAUUCAAGUUUUGAAGAACGAACAAAACGACUAACACCUGCGGUCACAAAAAAUCUUUUGUACCUUUGUCAACAAAUUGUAAAUAAAAAAAUUCUUGUCGAAAAUAUAUCACGCGCUGAUAUGGGUUUAAUGCAUUACAUUGUUGAUAAGACCACGUCAAAGAUGGAUGUGCAUUUACAUUUGUUAGAAGAUUGGCGUUUACAUUUUUAUUUACGCGAGGCAUUAGAUAACGUAGAAAAAGAGCAUGGGGGAAAACGUAAAACAUCUAGCGGUAAUCGACGCCGAACGGUACAAUAGUCUUAUGACACUUUUAGAACAGACAUCAAAGCGGCAAAAACUAUUAAGUGAUGUUAAACAAACAGCUACAGAAACCGAACUUGUAAAUAGUUAUGCUGACAUGCAUAAAAGUGUGAAAAAUAAAUCUUCAUUAGCAGAUACAGAUAUUGUGAAUUUUUUGCGUAAAAAAGAUAAAUAUUUAAAUGAAACAGCGGUACAACCUCAGAAUCCACAACCCGCAAACAACAACAACGCCGAUGGGGCUGCUGCAAAAGCUUUGGUUGCGGGUACAAUAGCAUAUCAUGAAAAAUUAAUAACAACUCAUAUGAAAGACAAGGGUAUUACGGAUACAGCUAAAGGUGUAAAAUAUCAGGGUAAAACAAUGAAUUUCUCAUACGAGGAUAUGAUCGAAGACUUGACAAAGAAUUCUAAAAAUACAAAUUUAACCAACGCACAACAUGAUAAAAUGCUACGUACUUUAAAAAAGUCCAAUAUGCCCACUAAAUACAUAUGA